AUGGCUGAUAUCAUUUUCAUCAUCUCUGCACUAUCUAAUUCUGAUGCUGAUGCUGCUAAUUCCACCACUCUCACUUCUUCUUCUUUCAUUUCUUUCAAUUCUGACACUGAUGCUGUUAAUUCUGCCACUCUCAUCUCUUCUUCUUCUGUUUCUUCUACUUUCAUCUUCUUCAUGGCAUAUCUUUUUCCACCUCAUGAAGGAUUCAACAAUGACUCUAUAUCUAUAUAUCAUCAAAAUGAGAAUGAUGAUGCUGAUACUGAUGAUGAUGAUGAUGAUGCUGCUGUUGAUGAUGUUGUUGAUGAAGAUGAGGCUAUAAAUCAUCAAGAAUCAUCUUCAGCUUGUCAAAGCAAUUGUUGA